AUGCUUCAUCUUUCCCACCACCUAUCCAAACCCUAUUCAAUCACAUUUUCAAGACUCAAUCUUCAACCCCACAACAUUUCCAGUCUCCCCAUUUCCCACAUUAACCCACCCAAGAAAGUUAUUUCAUUUUGUAAACACCUUAGCAUUCUCAGUCCUGGGUGCACACCACAAGAUAACAUUCCACUUGCCAUCACUGCCACUUAUAAUGACAGAGCUGACUGUGAUAAAUUUACCAAAGAAAAUGAAGAUAUAGACACCCAAGAAGGAAGUACAAAGAACUUCUGGGGUGCUGUUAGUUUGAUUGUUGGCACUGCUGUAGGGCCUGGAAUGCUGGGUUUACCAGCUGCAACGAUAAAGUCAGGUUCAUUUACAUCAACCAUUGCCAUUAUCCUUUGUUGGGUUUAUGUAAUCUCCUCUAUCAUUCUUGUUGCUGAACUUAGUUUUGCUGCUAUGCAAGAAGAUGGGGUUGCUGAGGUGAGUUUUACUGGCCUUGCAACAAAAGCUUUAGGAAUCAAAUUUGGUGCUUUUGUGGCAGUGGUUUAUGCUAGCUUAAGUUUUUCUUUGUUAGUAGCUUGUGUUUCGGGCAUUGGUUCAAUAGUAUCACAGUGGUUUCCAUGGAUGAAUGUCGUGUUGGCUCAUGCUUUGUUUCCUCUUGCUGUUGGGAUUGUAAUUGGGUUCUUCCCAUUUAAGAUCAUUGAUACUGCUAACAGGUUUUUAUGCUUGCUCAUGCUUUUCUCCAUAACUUCACUGGUAGCUAUUGGUUUAUCUGUGGCUAGAACAAAUAUAUUAGCCUCCCUUGUUCCCACCUCCUGGAGCAUUUCAACAAUCUUGCCUGCUGUACCUGUAACGGUACUUACGUUGGGGUUCCAUGUUAUCACCCCUUUUAUAAGUAAGGUUGCUGGGAACACCGUAUCUGAGGCUAGAAAAGCUGUAUUGAUUGGUGGGGCUGUUCCUUUGAUAAUGGUUUUGUCAUGGAAUUUAAUUGUUUUGGGGCUUGCUGGGGCUAACACAGCUGUCUCCUCCAAUGACUCUAUCUCUCUCUUGCUCUCUGUCAAUCCUUCUGCUUUAUCUGCUGUUCAGGGCUUUGCAUUUUCUGCUUUGGCAACUAGCUUGAUAGGUUAUGCUGUUAGCUUUCCGAAACAGCUUCUUGAUACCUUGGAGUUGAUUUUAACGAAACCAAAAUCUGAAAAACAGAUUUACACUCAAUGUCAAAUAUUUGCUAACGGGAUCUGUACUGGUAGAAUUGGAUUGGUAACCUUUUCUGGUGAGAGUAAUCUUGGAAAUAGAGGGAGGGCUUCAUUUGAUGGAACAAGCUGUUUUGCUGCAUCAGAAGUAAAAUCGCCAUCAAGCAUUGCCGAGUCUAAUGCAUUCCACCAUACUUUUGUAACGAUGCUUGUACUUGGUGUUCCCAUUCUUAUAGGAUCCUUCUUUCCCUCAACCUUUUCAAGAGCUCUUGAUUUUGCUGGAGUUUAUGCAAAUUGCUUCCUGUUUGGCAUGCUUCCUCCAGUAAUGGCAUAUGCACAGCAAUCCAGGAAGAAGCUCAGGUCAGCCAUUCUGCCAGGGGGAGAUAUCGCUCUUCUACUACUCUUUAGCAUUGCUGUCAUUUUGGGGAUUUGGCAUUAG